GCAUGCCCUAAAAAAAUACUUAUAUGGACCUCUGUAUUUAUAAAAUCCUGCGUAAGGCCCUGCUCAUAAUUAAAUACAAAAGCCAAAAAGGUUCACUUUUUGAAAAAAGACCCCUUUCCUUUCAAUAGGCUGGCUACGGACCUGGAAAUUUUGUCGGUCUAUGCUGGUUUAGCUGGUGGUAACCAGCAUACCAGCACCAAAACACAACAUAUGCUGGUCUUGCUGGUAUGACCAGCAUGGGAUGCUGGUGCUAAUGCUGGUAUAGCUGGUGUUAAUGCAGGUUUGGUGCUGGUUCAGCUGGUGCUAAUGCUGGUGCUGAUGCUGGUUUAGCUGGUGUUCACUAGCAAAACAGCACCAAAAUUAUGCUGGUCUUGCUGGUAUGCUGUUUUUUUUUCAGCAGGGAAUGCAGGCUUCCUAGUAAAUUUUAACAUACUUAUUAUAACCUUCAUUAGAUAAGGCUACGUGAUUAGUGAUUGAAUUGACUUUCACUAUUUUCUUUAGAGUUAGCGCCAUGGAAGACAGUGGUUCUGAGGACAUCCCCAUACCACCCCUCCCCCACUCAGCUCUUGCAUCUGAUCACGGAGACCUAGCUCCUACUGCCUCCAUAACCCUAGAAAAGCUGCGUGAAGAAAAGAGGGCCUUGGUGGACCAGAGGGAUCAGCUGAGGAGAGAAUUAGAUCGGCUGUUAGACUCAGUUGCUGCCCCUGCACCUGCUCCAUCAACUGUACCUGCCACUCCGCAUUGCCACAAGAAACCAGAAAAGAAGAGGAGAAGAAUGACAUCUUCUUCAUCAUCUUCAACCUUCACUUCAUCUUCAUCCACCUCCUCAUCUUCUUCAUCUUCCAGUGACAGAGAAAGGAAGAAGAAGAAAAAGAAAAAGAAGAGGACAAAUCUGAGAUCAUUUGGGAAAAGAAAGGCAGGAAGGGCAGGAUGGGAACCGGACACAGAAAUGAUCUCCGGCGUCGGGGAGACGGAAGAUGACAUCUCCAGCCUGAUCGCCCCGGUUCUAAUGCCCCUCGGGCUGGAUGGAGUCAGGCGAGAUCCAACAGGUCCGGUGACAAUAGCAUCAGAUGGGGAACAGUUUGCUGUUCCUCCUUAUACCCCAGGGACAACUCUGCAGUCUUAUGCCAAGGACUUGCAGCAGUUUGUGGCCUCCUGUCCCCAACUUCGGAAGAAAAUUGAGGACAUGAAGAAAGAAUAUAAGCUGCUACCUAUUAAAAAUAAGUUUCGUAAUUGA